AUGGCCGAGAAAACAGAGACUGUGGAGGUCAUUACCGAUACUGAAGUGGUCACCACGACAGUUGAAACCAAGACGACCACCACCCAACAACAACAACAAGUGGUAGACGGCAACUUGAAGACGCUCACGGUCGAGGAGUUGUAUGAUAAGGACAAGUAUGAUUUGUCUACCAUGGAGCUUGAAGAGGUGUUGCAAAUCUUGCACACUCAAUCGCAAGGUUUAACCUCUGAAGAAGCCGCCCAACGCAUUGAAAAGUUUGGUCCCAACAAGCUUGAACAAAAGGAACAGAAUGCCUUCCUCCAAUUCUUGGGGUUCAUGUGGAAUCCUCUUUCGUGGGUCAUGGAAGCCGCUGCCAUUGUCUCCAUUGCACUCGCCAACGGUGAAAACAGACCUCCAGACUAUCCCGAUUUCAUUGGUAUCGUCUUGCUGCUACUCGCCAAUUCGUUGAUUGGUUUCUAUGAAGAACGCCAAGCUGGUAAUGCUGUCAAGGCCUUGAUGGAGUCCCUCGCCCCUGAAUGCAAGGUGAAACGCGAUGGCGAAUGGCGCACUAUGGAGGCUGCUGAACUUGUUCCUGGUGAUAUCAUUAGCAUCAAGCUUGGUGAUGUGAUUCCUGCAGAUGGUCGUCUUUUGUCGGCCCACGGCCAAGUCUCUAUCGAUCAAGCUGCUCUCACUGGUGAAUCUCUUCCCGUUGGCAAGGAAGCUGGUGAUGAAAUCUUCUCCGGAUCUACCGUUAAGCAAGGCGAGGCCGAAGCUAUUGUCAUUGGCACUGGUCUCAAUACGUUCUUUGGUCGUGCUGCCAAGUUGGUGGGUGAUGCUGGAGAUGACAUUGGCCACUUGCAAACUAUCCUUGCCAAGAUCGGUAACUUUUGCCUUGUGUCCAUUGGUAUCUUUGUCGUUAUCGAGAUCCUUGUCAUGUAUGCUGCUUUCCGUUACAGCUAUCGUCGUGGUAUCGACAACUUGCUCGUGUUGCUCAUUGGUGGUAUUCCUAUUGCCAUGCCUACGGUGUUGUCUGUUACUCUUGCUAUUGGUGCCAAGCAAUUGGCUGAGCACAAGGCUAUUGUCACGCGUAUCACUGCAAUUGAAGAAAUGGCCGCCGUCACCAUUCUUUGUUCCGAUAAGACUGGUACAUUGACCUUGAACAAGCUGAUUGUCGACAAGCCCACGAUCAAGACCUAUGCCGAAUUCAAUGGUGAUGAGAUUAUCCAACUCUCAGCCUUUGCUUCCCGUACCGAGAACCAAGAUGCCAUUGAUUUCUGUAUUGUCAACUCGCUUCCCGAUCCUUCCCUUGCACGUCAAGGUAUUGAAGAGCUCGAGUUCAAGCCAUUCAAUCCUGUUGUCAAGCGUACUGAAAUCACCUACAAGCGACAUGAGGAUGGUGCUGUUCUUCGUGUGACCAAGGGUAUGUCCCAUACCAUUUUGGAUCUUUGCACCCGUGACAAGACCGAGGAACAAAUCAAGGCUCUCAAUGAUGAUGUCGAUGAAUUUGCUCGUCGUGGCCUUCGUGCUUUGGCUGUUGCAGUGGAUGAAGUUCCCUCUGGUGACGUUGAAGGUGAAGGCAAAGGUUUCCGCCUUGUUGGUUUGCUUCCCAUCUAUGAUCCUCCUCGUUCGGAUACUAAGGAAACGAUUGAUCGCUCCAUUGCUCUUGGUGUCCAAGUCAAGAUGAUUACGGGUGAUCAACUCGCUAUUGGCAAGGAAACCGGUCGUCGUCUUGGUAUGGGUGACAACAUGUUUUUAUCCAAGGCUCUUAAGGAUGGCCCUCCUCCUGGUUCUGGUUAUACAAGCAUCGAUGAUAUGGUGCUCCAAGCGGAUGGCUUUGCUGGUGUGUAUCCUGAACACAAGUACGAGAUUGUUGAACGAUUGCAAGCCAUGGGUCACAUGACAGCCAUGACCGGUGAUGGUGUAAACGAUGCUCCUGCACUUUCCAAAGCCAAUGUUGGUGUUGCCGUUGCCGAUGCAUCCGAUGCUGCACGCUCAGCUGCUGAUAUUGUAUUGACCGAACCAGGUUUAUCCGUUAUUGUUACUGCCAUCAUUGGUUCGCGUCAAAUUUUCCAACGUAUGCGUAACUACGCCAUUUAUGCAUGCUCUAUCACCAUUCGUGUUGUUGUCGGUUUCGCUAUUCUUUGCUUUGCCUUUGAGCAUGACUUCCCUCCUUUCCCUGUAUUGAUUGUGGCUGUCCUCAAUGAUGGUACCAUUAUGACCAUUUCGACUGAUCGUGUCAAACCAUCACCUUAUCCCGACCAAUGGAAUUUGCGUGAGAUCUUCACCUAUGCUGUCGUCUAUGGUCUUUAUCAAGCUGCUUCAACUCUUGUAUUCGCCAAGGUCAUGUUUGGUACCACUUUCUUCCACGACAAGUUUGGUGUCGAGCUUCCUGAGGACGUCAAUGACCAUAUUUACCACUCGAUCAUCUACUUGCAAGUCUCCACCAUCUCACAAGCCUUGAUUUUCAUCACUCGUUCUCGUACCUGGUUCUUCCUUGAACGUCCAUCAGUCUACCUCAUGUGUGCCUUUGUGAUUGCUCAGCUUGUUGCCACGUUCAUUGCCGUCUACGCCAACUGGGGCUUCACUUACAUGCGUGGCUGUGGUUGGGAUUGGGCUGGUAUUGUGUGGAUUUGGAACAUUAUCUGGUUCAUCCCUAUGGACUUUUGCAAAUUCACCAUGCAAAAGCUUUUCACCCCCAAGAACACGCUUGCUGAAAACAAGGUUCCCAUGCAAUCACGUCGUAACUCUGCUGCCUCCGCAACUUCCUCUGGUCGUUACUAUGCCAACCGUACAAAGUCCCUCAAGUCUCUUGAGCAGCCUCGCAACUUUGGCAAGCGUCUCCUCGGCAAGAAGAUUAGCAUGGAUAAGAAGGAAAUGCGUCGAUUCUCUUCAGCUCAAGCUAGUCAAGCUGCUCAAGUGCUUGGCUCUAGCGUCAACAACUAG